AUGUUUGACAAUAUGGAUACUUGGGAAUAUACAACGAACCAGAUGAACGAUAAUAAUAGACAACAAGGGUAUGGAGCCCCUACGCAAAGUAACGAUCAUCCAUUGGAAGAACUUAUUUUGGUGGAUAACCUUGAUCCUCCAAUGGAACAAACUCAUACCAACCCGUCUUGGGAUCAAUUACUUCGACAUAUGACAAAUCU